ACCGAAGUAGUUCUGGCACAAUGACAAGAAUAUGUUCAUCCUAGUUAUGAGCUAAUGACGACGAUUGUUUCUUUUUUAGUUUUCGACUAUAUUAUGUAAAAAUAUUCUGAAUUUAUUCUUUAGCUCAAAAUUUCCUAUCGAUAUCGCUAUGCGAAGUGCAUCUGCUAAUAAUUGCACGGAAGAAAUGUCUUUUAAUCCCUCUGACAAUAUACCAUAA